UGCAGCAAAGUCGAAGUCACAACGGAAUUUGCCUCCGCCUGCUCAAGCCUCAAUCAGCCCGCAAGCUACAGGAACCUCAAGCAAGUGUCACCUUCUCACCAGUCCAUGUCGGUCUCGGCAGUGCGAGUCUCGCUUCAGCCGGCGCAUGGCUACAUACCACUCGUAGUCAUCGGCGCCGGCCUCGUCGGUACGUGGGCCGGUUUCAAAGUCGGCGCCGCCCGCAAGAAAUACAACGUCUCGUACCCGCAAAUGUACGCCGAGAAGAAGGACAAGAACGCCAACGAGUUCAACUGCGUGCAGCGCGCUCACCAAAAUGUGCUCGAAAACCUCCCACUCUUCUAUGCCAUGCUCGCCACCUCCUCGAUUUACCGUCCUAAAGUUGCAGCAGCAGCCGGUGUGGUGCGCGUCGUAGGCUUCAUUGUGUACGUCAAAGGGUACUCGACCGGAGAUCCAGGGAAAAGGAGGAGAGGCAGCUUUGGUGAGUAAAUUGUCGGUCAGCUUUUGGGGAAAUGCGCUAAAUCGCUAACUUGUUAUGUUGCAUUUGUCAGGCCACCUCGGAACGCUAGUCAUGUUAGGACUCUCGUUGGAAGCCUCUCUACGUCUUCUGGAUUUGAUAUAGUUCUUUCCCGCUCUUGAAGAAAACUGGAGAGCGAUGAAAGUGAUCAUGAAAUCGACUGUAACAACAGCAAUCAAGAGACAAGUCUCUUAAGUAAACAACGACCGGCGAGCACGCUCAUGAUGCCUCCAAAGUCAAGGGGUAGUGUGAGGCAAACGUGCCAUGAGCGAUGCAACGGACGCCGGUGAAAUUCGCGAGCACUCGAGAGGGAAGUGCUGCGAGGCACAGCAGCAACGGUUGGAAGCUGCUGCCAAAACGCCAAAAUCACGUGACGAAUUGUGCGGAAACGGGAGGUGGACCAGGUAGACUAGUGAUAAACGGACUGCCUGCCACUCGAUAGAAGACUCCAAGACAUCCGCACCCUGUAUAAAAGAACAUCUUGUUGUAAAUGAAUGAAAAAUCACAUGCAUUUUCUCCAAACCUCUC